AUGUCCGAGCCCGAGCUCUGUGUUAGUAGCUCCAGUGCCUGCAUCUCGUCGCCGUCCGCGUCGGCCAGCGCCGCGUCGGCCACCGCUCGAGUAGCUGACGGAAUCGACGACGCUAGACGGUCCACGGCUUCGGCCCAUUCUGCAGUCAUGCCGGCCGGCGGCCACGGCUCGGGCGCAAUGGGCGUGGGCGCAGAGGCUCCCGUGGUCGCAGCAGCUCCCGUGGCUGAAGCGACUUCUGUGGCCGCAGCAGCUUCCAUGCGCAGACCCGGGCGACGCCGCGCCACGGGGGCACAGGCGGUGGACGGGCGGCACUGUGAGCGGGCAGUGAAGGCGGAGGCGCGGGUGAGGGGUGCCGCUGGGGCGGAGAAGGCAGGAGUGUUCAUUACUGCGAGAAUGCUGAGGCUCCAGGCGGGAUGCGAUGAGGAGAAGAAGACGCUGAGGAGGGACAGAAAAUUGAAGGACGCUGAGGGGUUCGUGCCUAUUGCACAGAGGCUUAAGUGCUGGAGACGAAGAGGAGUGCUUUCGCCUUGGGUUUUGUUAAGAAACCGAUGGCGAGGAGCACAUAGGGCGUUUGUCCAGUGA